AUGAACAGCAGCUCAUCCUCCCUUGCAGCCCUGCAGUUCUGCUAUGAGAAUGUGAACGGAUCCUGUGUGAAAACUCCCUACUCACUAGGAUCCAGGGCGAUCCUGUAUGCAGUGUUCGGCUUAGGGGCAGUACUGGCAGUGUUUGGAAACCUUCUGGUUACUAUUUCCAUCCUUCAUUUCAAGCAGCUGCACUCUCCAACCAAUUUCCUCAUCUCCUCCCUGGCCUGUGCCGACUUCCUGGUGGGUGUGACUGUGAUGCCCUUUAGCAUGGUCAGGUCUGUGGAGAGCUGCUGGUACUUUGGACCGACUUUCUGUACUUUCCACACUUGCUGUGAUAUUGCAUUUUGCUUGUCUUCCAUUUUCCACCUGUGUUUCAUUUCCAUCGACAGGUACAUUGCUGUCACUGACCCUCUGGUAUAUCCCACCAAAUUCACUGUGAAUGUGUCAGGGAUAUGCAUCAGUGUCUCCUGGAUCCUGGCCCUGGUGUACAGUGGAGCUGUGUUCUACACAGGUGCCAAUGAUGAUGGACUGGAGGAAUUAUCUAAUGCUAUCAACUGUGUAGGAGGUUGUCAACCUCUUAUAAAUCAGUUAUUUAUUUCAGUUGAUUUUCUACUAUUUUUCAUACCUGCCCUUGUUAUGAUGAUAUUAUAUAGCAAUAUAUUUCUUGUGGCUAGAAAACAGGCUAAAAUGAUAGACAGCAUCAGUAGCAAAACAGAAGCUUUGGCAGGGUCUAGCAAAGCCAAGGUGACAAAGAGAGAAAGAAAAGCAGCCAAAACUCUGGGUAUCACAGUGAUAGCAUUUUUGGUAUCUUGGUUACCUUAUAUAAUUGACUCAUUCAUUGACUGUUUUUUGGGUUAUAUAACACCUUCAUAUGUUUAUGAGAUACUUUGCUGGUUGGCUUAUUACAACUCUGCUCUAAAUCCUUUGAUCUAUGCUUUCUUUUACCCGUGGUUUAGGAGGGCAAUGAAAUUUAUUAUUAGUGGAAAAGUAUUCAAAGAUAGCUCAUCAACCAUGAAUUUAUUUUCAAAAUAG